CUCACUCAAGCCCCCUUUGGCUUUCCGUUCGUUUAUUGAAGCAAUUGAAGCAAUUGAAACAAGUCGAAAUGGCGGCCGUGGCGCUCUUGAUGUUGGCAGCGGCUGCUGCGGCCAUGAAGACACACGACCUCACAAACCAGUCGGAUGCGGCAGCGAAGCUCAUCGCUCGCCGAAACAAUAUGACUUGCCAGGAGAUGAAUCGGCAAAGAGUUGAUGGUAUGAAAGACGACCUGGACCAAUCGCAUGGCUUUGAUGCCAUGUUCUACCGUGGCUGCCUCAAGUUUGUGAAGGCCAAUGGUGACGGCAAGCAUGGGGCUGCAGAGCAGACCGAAAAGCUUGGCGCUGCCUGCAAGAAGGGCACCUUUGAUGGUACGAACUCUGUCUUGACAAAGGUUGACCCAAGCAAACUGGCUGCUGAGUGUGACCGGGCUGUCCACCAGAUGGACAUCCAGCUGAACAUCUUGGGCGAAGAUUCUUUCAAAACCGAUGAGGACUUCUGCGCCGUUUUCGUUGACCUGGUUCUCCCAAUUGAUGAAGAACCCGAGUGCAUGAGAUUCGUGGAGGAUGUGAGUCAUGAACACCUGAAGUAUGCAGGAGUUCCGCACCAUUGGCCCAGGAUUGUCUAUGAGAAGCACUUCGAUGAGGCCUUCAUGACAGUUUGUUUGGAGGAUAAAAAGCUGGACGAGGAAGAAGAUGGAAGGGAGACAAUGUUUGGUGCUGGUGCCGAGGAGUGUCGCUUGAUCCUGGAGCGGAUCAUGGCUGCAAAGUGGGGUCACUACAAGCGCCUCUCCAGCUUCUUUGCCGUUGCCUGUCCUGUGAUGGGCCUGCCUCUUCCAGACCCCAGCGGAAAGACCUUUGACCCAAUGGCUGGUACGAAGCGCGCCAUGGCAGUGCAGAUGUUCCACCGGGCAUCGCACGUGGUGCUUGCAAAGCACGGGAACACCUCUGAAACGGCAAAGCUCUUUGCCAGCAAGCGCAAGCCUUUCAGCGCCUUGCAACUCGUGCAUGAACUCGACGAUCUGGAGACCAGCGUUUCAGCCAAAAGCCCACGCCGCCGGCGCCUCAAUGAGAACCAGAGAAGUUGUUGCAGUGGAAAGGCCUACAACUGGGAGUUGGGUGUUGCGGCUGGGGCUUCCAUCACUGUCUCGGGGUCUGUCAGCCUCGCAGCUGGUGGUUUCAAUGGUUGGCAAGACAAGACCUGCUACUUCAAGACCGCCAACGUUAAAGAAGUGUGCCUCAACUGGGAUUUUGGUUUUGACAUGGACGGUCCCUUGGAGGUGGAGGCCAGUGUUGCCCGUGGCUUUUUCAAGAGCUACAAUGACAUGCUGGGCGAUUCUGCCUAUGUGGGAGGAAGUGCUUGCUUCAUCCUUUGCGUGGGCGGUUCCGUCAUUACCAACCUGCAAGGGCAAUACAUUGGUGAAACCGUGGAGUUUGGUUUUGGAUUGCCAGGUGUUGAUUUUGAAGGAGGCGUUUGCAAAUGCAUGCCAACGGGAAACACAUAUGAGCGGAUCUUUCACAAUCUGCAGGACCACUGCCCAUCUGGAUGCUUCCCGGAAGAUGCAACGGUUGAGACGCCAGAUGGCAAGAAGAAGAUGCACCAGCUGCAAGUUGGCGACCGGGUCCUCGCAGUCAACGAUGCUGGGGAGGCUUUCUUUGACGAGAUCUACUUCUUUGGCCAUGCAGACUACAAAGCCAUGUCUCCUAUGGUGCAACUGCAGAUCCAGGCGGAAGCGGCAUACGCAGCAGCUGUCCCAGAGGAAGCCUAUGUUUGGACUGCGAGUGCUGGCGCCACCGAGCUGAAGCUCGGCCGAGUGCUUUUGAACCGCAUGGUGCCGAAACAAGGUCUCUUCAAUCCAUACACGCUCUCCGGAAACAUCGUGGUGAAUGGUGUUGCAGCCAGCGCACACAGCAGCUGGGUUCUGGAUCACUUUGUGCCAGAGGCUCUGACGAAGUAUUUGCCAGCGACCUACCAAUCGAUUUUUGUGGUUGGGCGUUGGAUCUACAGUGUCUUUGGUGCCCGCGCUGCUGACGUGAUCGGAGUGAACAACCCGCAGGAACAGACACCAUGGUCCGCAUAUGCAGUAGCCUUGAGUUCCAUUUUUGUUGCCAGCUCUCCUGUUGUAGUGGCUGUGUUUCUGAAAUCGCGUUCAGGCAAGCCCUGA